AUUCCUCCUUUGUCCAUUGAGCAGAAGAAACCGUCAGCAGGGCAAAGAAACCGGCUUCGCCAUUUCACCGUCUAUCACCCUGAUCGGAGCCUGCAUUUUCUGUCUAGCUUAACGAACGGGGCCUAGCUUUGUUCGUUAAAAAAAAAAAAAGAUCCGCUCUAAUAUCUGUGCAGAAACGUUAUGAGCCAAGCCAACGGUCAUCAAGGCAAAUCUGCAUCCGUCGUAGAGUCGAACCCAGCACAGAAGAAAACCAACAUGGAAGAUACUAAAUACCUCCCCGAGCUCCUGGCUGAGAAGGACAGCUUGGAUUCAUCGUUCACGCAUGCUAUGAAACUUAUUUCUGCAGAGAUUGAAAGGAUCCAGAAAGGUGAAUCCAAGAAGGAGCCUGAGAAGGAAUCAUACCUGGACCUGUUUGCUACCAAGAACCUCAAACUCAAAGAGCGGGUGCUCAUUCCCACCAAGCAGUACCCCAGGGUCAACUUUGUUGGAAAGCUUUUGGGACCACAGGGCAGCACAAUCAAGAGACUGCAGGAAGAUACCGGUGCAAAGAUCUCAGUUCUGGGCAAAGGCUCAAUGAGGGACAAGGCCAAGGAGGAAGAGCUGAGGAAGGGAGGUGAGGCCAAAUAUGCUCAUCUGGCCAUGGAGUUGCACGUGUUUAUCGAGGUGAUGGCACCCAUACCAGAGGCCUAUCUGCGCAUGGCCCAUGCCAUGGAGGAGGUCAAGAAGUUCCUGAUCCCGGAACCUGGUGAGCAUGACCCAUACAUGGACCCCCACUUCCUGAAUGGAUCCCAGGAUGCAUCUGGCAGAGGACGCGGUGGUCAGUUUGGAAGGGGAAGAGGGGGACCACCUGGUGUAGGACCAAGGGGUAGAGGCAUGCCACGCGGCGGUCCUCGUGGUGCAAUGCGUGGUGGAGCUCCACGUGGAGGACCAGGACGGGGUUCAGCUCCCAGAGGUGCACCAGCUGGCAGAGGCGGUCCACCUUCUGCUCCCAACAGAGGAGGCUCAAACCCCCGCUCCAGACCCCCUGCAGCAGGCGCUCCAAGGAUGCUACCCUCUGCAGGAAUGUCACACCAGCAGCACCAGGGUCCCCCUGCAGGGUCCCAGCCCAAAGCUGAGGGCUAUGAGGAUUAUGGUUCUUAUGACGAGUCCUACGCAGAGCCAGCCUAUGAGGGAUACGACAAUUAUUACAACCAGCAAUCGGCAUCGGCGGACACUGAAUAUUAUGACUACGGACAUGGAGAGGCCCAGGAAGGUUCUUAUGAGCAGUAUGCUCAAGAUGACUGGGACAACUCAUGGUCUAACUCGGGAGCAGGAGGAAAGGCCCCGGCUGCCAGGCAGUCAAAGGGAUCCUAUAGAGAUCAUCCCUAUGGCAGAUACUGAACGGCUACUGGUAGAGAGUUGCUAUGUCAACUGUCUAAGAUUGUAACUCGCUGAAAUAUUUUCAAAAGUAAUUUCCCACUUGUUUGUUCACCUUUUCUAUUGUUUAUUUUAUUUUUGGUUUUAUUUUUUUAAACUCGUUGAAAGCGUUGUUGGAUGUAACAUAGGGUGCCAGAGUUGAAACGUGAAAGGAUUUUCGUUGUUUACCUGUUCCAUUUAAUGUUUUUUCAGUUAUGUAGAUGGCAUUUAAGGUCUUAGCGACAAAUCCAACAAAGGAACAAGAGCAAUGUUUUAGUGUUAUUUGAUGGUUAGCGUUUUAAGUUAAUUGUUACUGAAAAAUGUGAUUGUGGCGAUAAACUCCUCUCACGUAGACUUGGUUUUUAAAAGUCCUUUUCUGACUGGACAACAAUAUUCAGAUGCCUCAAUGUAAAUUAAUUAUAACUAGUCUAUAUGCUCAUGCCGCAAACUCAAACGCAGCCCUGAGCCAUUUUGAUUUAAAAAGUCAUAUGCAUUGAUCAACACAACCCAAAUCUAGUCUUAUACGUCAUACAACUUCCUAAAAUAUAGGACUGAAAAUUUGCAGUGACCCCAUAUUUGCCACCUUUCACUAUUGGUAUGUUAUUUGUCCAGGUAUUACCUGCAAAAUCAUCACUGAUCAACCACUCCUUGUUCAGUGGAUUACAAUCUUUACUGUAUGUGAGAAAAUCUUCAGCCAAUUCAAUAUUUUGUACAUAACUAUAGGACAACUGUGUAUGCUUUAAGCCGUGCCGUCUCUAAAAUGCAUAAUGCUUGUGUACCUUUUGGCUAAAUAGGAUACUAAAUAUAUCCCAAACUGUUUUUCUGCAGUGCGUGUUUCAAUAAAGUUUCUAGUUUCUUUUUAACCAAUCUAAACAUGAUAUUUUGCCUUUGUUGUACCAAAGGAAUGCCUUCACUUUGUGAAAGUGGUCCUCCGUGGUUUCUCAACAACCCUGAAUAACCUGUAUGUAUGCCCGUCAGCCUGACAAAAACAAAAAAGCAGUGUUUUUACUAUGACCUUAUCACUUCGUCUGUUUUCAAAACUUAUCUAAUGACACCUGUAAUGUCACCUUCAAAAACAAAUAAAGCUCAUCAUUCCUUGA